AUGGCUCGGCGGGCGGGGACGGGCAACCGGCGGCCGUCCCGCCAUGGCUCGGCGGGCGGGUACGGGCAACCGGAGGGGACAAAACAGAUUCUUGGAUCAAGAACCAAGGUUGUACGAGCAGAUGCAUCAGAACUACCCCCAAGACGAGCAGAUACCCCCAAGAGCAGCAAGAAACCCCCCAAAGAUUCGCCCUUAUAUCGAGAUGACACUAUUAAAAUCACUCGAUUUAACGUGAUGCUCGCAAUAUUGAAAGAAUUCAUCAAUAGAUGUCAGAGAUGGGUAGAGAACUGUCGAAGGGCAGAUUUAGAAGAUAAAACUCCAGAUCAACUCAACAAACAUUACAGAUUGUGUGCUAAACAUUUUGAGACUUCUAUGAUAUGCAGAAGUAGCCCAUACAGAACAGUUCUACGGGAUAAUGCUGUGCCAACUAUAUUUGAUCUUACAAGUCACCUGAACAAUCCCCACAGCAGACAUAGGAAAAGGAUAAAAGAGUUGAGUGAAGAUGAAAUAAGAACAUUGAAGCAGCAAAAGAUUGAUGAAGCUUUUGAACGGAAACAGGCAACUCAAGAAUUGAAUGAAAACAAUGAGCAAAAUACUGUCUCAGAGGAAGGAGGGGAAGAACAAGAGGAAAAAGCUGUUCCCUUAACACUGGAAGAAAGAGAAAACAAAGAUUACCUUAAAUCAUUAUUUGAAAUUUUGAUCCUAAUGGGUAAACAAAAUAUUCCAUUGGAUGGCCAUAAUGUUGAUGAACUUCCAGAAGGUAUUUUUGCUUCAGAUAACUUUCAGGCUCUGCUGGAAUAUAGAAUAAAUGGUGGUGAUGAAGUUCUGAGGAAACGAUUCGAGAUGACUGCAGUCAACCUUGAGUAUUGUUCGAAAACUCAGCAGAAACAAAUGCUCGAGAUCUGCGAAAACUGUGUUAGAGAGGAGACACUGAGGGAAGUAAGAGACUCGCACUUCUUUUCUAUUGUCACUGAUGAGGUAGUAGAUAUAGCAGGAGAGGAACAUUUGCCAGUGUUGGUGAGGUUUGUUGAUGAUUCUCACAAUCUAAGAGAAGAGUUCAUAGGAUUUUUACCAUACGAGGCUGAUCCUGAAAUUUUAGCUGUUAAGUUCCACGCAACUAUUACUGAAAAGUGGGGUCUAAACAUGGAGUACUGUCGGGGUCAAGCCUACAUUGUCUCCAGUGGAUUUGCUUCUAAAAUGAAAGUUGUGGCUACAAGACUCUUGGAAAAGUAUCCACAAGCUGUGUAUACGCUCUGUUCCUCCUGUGCCUUAAAUGUUUGGCUGGCAAAAUCCGUUCCUGUUGUUGGUGUUUCCAUUGCAUUAGGAACAAUUGAAGAAGUUUGCUGUCUUUUUAAUCAGUCUCCACAAUUAUUAGUAGAACUGGACAACACAAUUUCUGCUCUUUUUCAGGACAAUGACGAGAAGGGUAAUGAGUUGAAGAAGAUCUGCCGUUCUCAGUGGACAGGCAGGCACGAUACUUUUGAGGUUUUAGUGGACCUCCUGCAAGCACUGGUAAUGUGCUUGGAUGCUGUGAGCAGUGACUUGUCUGUCAGGUGGAACAACUUCAUCGUUGGCCGAGCAUUUGUACUUUCAAGUGCAUUAACAGAUUUUGAUUUCAUUGUCACUAUUGUAAUUAUGAAAAAUGUUCUGUCUUUUACGAGAGCAUUUGGAAAAAAUCUCCAGGGACAAACAUCAGAUGUGUUCUUUGCAGCUGGCAGCUUAACAGCAGUAUUGCACUCUCUGAAUGAAGUGAUGGAGAAUAUUGAAGUUUACCAUGAAUUUUGGUUUGAGGAAGCCACAAAUUUGGCUACAAAACUGGAUGUACAAAUCAGACUCCCAGGGAAAUUUCGCAGGGCACAACAGGGGAACUUUGACCCUGACAUGACAUCAGAAAAUUACUACAAAGAAAUCCUAAGUGUUCCAACAGUAGAGCAUAUUAUUCAAGAAUUGAAAGAUAUUUUCUCAGAACAACAUUUAAAAGCUCUUAAAUGUUUAUCAUUAGUGCCCUCAGUCAUGGGACAACUCAAAUUCAAUACAUCUGAGGAGCAUCAUGCUGACAUGUUCAAAAAUGACUUGCCCAAUCCAGACACACUUUCUGCUGAGCUUCACUGUUGGAGAAUCAAGUGGAAGCACAGAGGAAAAGAUAUUGAACUUCCAGCUACUAUUUAUGAAGCACUUCACUUACCCGAUAUAAAGUUUUUCCCUAAUGUUUAUGCAUUGCUUAAAGUCUUGUGCUUGCUUCCAUUGAUGAAGGUGGAGAAUGAAAAAUACGGAAUAGGACGAAAGCGCUUAAAGGCAUACCUCAAAAACACCUUGACAGGGCAAAGGUCAAGCAACCUUGCUUUGCUGAACAUUAACUUUGACAUAAAACAUGACUUAGAUUUGAUGGUGGAUACUUAUAUUAAACUCUAUCCAGAUAAAGCCGAAUUUCAAGACUGUAUUCCUUCAAACAAUUCUGAAGUAACAGAUGAUGCCUAACUUUUUAAGCUCUAACCAAUCCGUUGAAACAGCUUGUUCUUAAUUAAGUUUCAAAGCUGGAGAGCAAAACCGGUGAAAUCUUAAAAAAUCACUGCAAUUGUGUUUCCAUUUUAGGCCUUGGACUGAACAAGCUGUGAUCAGUGACCUAAAUUAUGUGUUGUUAGUCCACACUAAAUGUGUUUGGCAAACAAAUCAAGCCUGACACAAGCCCAUGCUCUUGGCAGAGGUGCUUUCUGCAUCUGAUUGGCUUAACUAGGUGCUCGUUUACUUUAUUGCAUCGUGGAAAAAGUACAUUAUGAUUGUGGAUCUGAUGGGGCUGUUAACGUAUUCGCUGAUGAAUUAGGAUAAGGAAGAAACUCAAAAUAUUAAAAGUUAUAAUCUAUUUCAGUUCUGUCACCUAGGAAUUUUUUUUAAAAAAACAAACCUUUACGAAAGUCUUUGAUGUAUAUUUGAGUGGCAUUUUGGAGAGUGGAUUCAGCUGUUGCACGCUCCCUGUGCUGUGGACAGGUCUCAGUGUAAAGUGAAUGUCAGUGAUAUAGGGGUACGUUUACGGUUUUGUUGGAAGAGUCAGCCUCUUUAAUCUCUUGAUGACUGUUUACAUUCCUUUGUGUCAGACACAAAACUUUUUUCUUUAGGCUUAACAGGCAUGGCAGUAUUUAAAUUCCUAAAAGACACUAAAAACUUAAAAUUUAUUCCACGAACAUUUAAAUCUGUUUGCUCUGCCCCGACUCUGACACAAACCCAUGCAUCUUAUAGUAUGUUUAUUUGUAAACUCACUCUGGAGAGAUUAAAAUAAGAGUUUGUUGUUUUGUCUAGAAGUAAGAUUGAAAAUAUUGCUGUUAUUUUUGGUGAGAAUGAAACAUUUUUGUACAGUUUAUGGAAAUUUAAAAUAAAAUGUGAAUUGCUU